AUGAAGUCCUCGCCGGCAUCCGUGGUCGGCAUACUCGGCCGACUGUCGACCGGCGUCUCCAGGGUCAGCAUACGGCAUGGCCACACGACGCCGAAGCGCAAGCCGCCGCGGCACGAAUUGACCGGCUUCAAGAAAGGCGUCGGCGAGCAGAUCUGGGUGCACCACCACAUCGCCCAGGGCAUGAUCAUCUACACACACGAGCCCGAACUACCACGCGAUUCCCACAAGGGCCUCUCCCAGAUCCCCUACACCGUCAAGAAGCAGAAGCCAGCAGCGCUGAGGAGGGACUACUGGGCCCCGCUGUGCCUGAUCGAGGUGCCCAGGGGCCUCGGCGCCGUCGGCCGCAACGUCAUGCAGAAGCUGCGCGAGUUCCGGCACCGCCACGAGCUCGAGUGGGGGUGGCAGGCCGAGGAGCUGCUGUCCAAGUCCCGGAGGGACCGCGGGGUGCUGAUCCACAACCAGAGGUCCAACGCCGUCGCCGACAUAGCCGCAGUGCUGGCCGGCGCGGGGAGGGGCAACAAGAUGUGGACGGCCGAGACUGCGGCAGCAGAGGCAGAAGCAGAAGCUUCAGAGGAGGCCGAGGCUGAGUCCCAGCCGGCGGGCGCGGCGGAGCCCGAGAACACCGACGAGACGACGGCUGCGAAUGGGUCAUCGAAAAAGUCAAAAUCCAAGGCCAAGGCGAAGUCGAAGGCCGUGGAAGCGACGGCUCCGAAGACGCUCGUCAAGGCCAACAUCUACUGGUCCAACGACGCAGACCAACACUGGGCCAGCGAAUGGACGGAGAACGUUACGCACUCACAAUGGGAGGAGCUCGAGGCCAAAGAUGCCAGCCACGCCCAGGGGACCGUUGUGGAGCCAAACGCGGCGGCAGAGCAAGAGGAGAAGCCGCAGACCAAGAAGGGAUGGCUGGGCUGGCUGGGAGGAAAGAGUGGGAGCUCCUCGCAAGAGACUAGGGUGUAG